UUCCGGUCGCGAGCUGCAGAGGACUGUCUUGGGUCGCGAUGGCGCUUACCCUCAGCCUCUGGUUCGGCGGUCGUGUCCGGGCUGCUGUCGCUCGUUGUGGGUUCGCGACCCAGGGCUUGGCGGGACCGGGCCCGCUCAGCCGCGAGCCGGACCCCGAUUCCGACUGGGAGCCGGAGGAGCGGGCGCUCCAGGAGGUGGAGAGCACUCUGAAGCGACAGAAAAAUGCAAUACGAUUCCAGAAAAUUCGAAGGCAAAUGGAGGCUCCCGGUGCGCCACCCAGAACACUGACGUGGGAAGCCAUAGAGCAGAUCCGGUAUUUGCAUAAGGAAUUUGCAGAGUCCUGGUCGGUUCCCAGGUUGGCAGAAGGCUUUGAUGUCAGCACCGAUGUUAUCAGAAGGAUUUUAAAAAGUAAGUUUGUUCCCACUUUGGAGCAGAAACUGAAGCAGGAUCAGAAGGUCUUGAUAAAAGCUGGUUUCGCCCCAGCUUCUGGAGAUGCGGUGAAGUCACUCAGUGCAGGACAUUCUGUUUCUGGCCUGCUGCCACCAGGGGAUGAAGUUUCAUCUAAACGUCAGACUCACAGCACAGCAGAUGCACAGAAGAGCCAGAAAGAAAGGACUAAAAGAGAAAGCUUGGUGCCUGCCACUGCAACCACGGGCCAUCAGAGGAAAUGUGAGAAGCACACCACCAGCGAUUCGGAAGCUGAUGGUGACAGAUUGCCAAGUGUAGAGAAGCCGGGGGAGCUGAAGGCUGGGGUGCCAAGUGAUCAGAACUUCACCAGCAAAGUUGUACAGAGGGGACGUGAGUUCUUUGACAGCAAUGGGAACUUUCUCUACAGAAUUUGAGCCUGGGCCUGACUUUCAGAGAUGCCUUCACACAGCUGAGCAAGUAAAUUGCAGUUGCCAGCAUUCCUGCAGAUUUGGAAGAAAAAUUAAGGCUAGGAUGUGGGUGGAGGAGCUACUUGGCUAGAGUCAGACUUCUGGAGUAAGCCCCAUUGGACCCUGUGGAUCUAAAUACUCAUUCAUCCUUAGUGCUUGGUCUCUCUGUUGAGAACAAGUAUUACAUGUCAUGAAUGUCUGUUACUGUGUUGGAGGAGAUGGAAAGCCUGCCUCCUGACCUCAUUUCCUUCUUGAUCACUAACUGUUCUCGCACAGUUUAAUCAGUUGGUUUCCUAAUGUGCAAAGUAAAGUAAAGCAUAGCAGUU